CAUACCGUUUUGUUGUCAGUGACCCCAGCUUUCACCUGUCUCCCCAUUUUUGUCUUCCCCUCACGAACCUUGACCCAAGUUUCCGUAUCCCUCGUCUUAGCAGAGCUGGUGUGGCAGGACACUGGCGAAUGGGGAUGCCAUGUUGCUGAACAAGACAUGCCGCCCCGCGUCUUCCUUGCAUAGCACAGAGCUCCGGCGCAGGAACGAGGUGCGUCACUUGCCGCUUUUGGCAUGCUUGAUGAGCCGGGUUGCUUCCGUAGAAGCGGGCAUGUUUGGAAACUCCCUCUGCUGCCUCCUGUCCAAUCCGCGUGCAGCGCUCCCCGUUAGCUGCUGGGUUCUAAGCUCGCUCGCAACUCUGUGCCUGGGUGUCUUUCUCCGUUUCAGGAAACAAGCUCUUCCUCGUUCCGUGGAGCAGGCGGGGGCCAAGGGAGCUCGGGAGCUCGGUGUCAUUGCGGAUCACAUCCGAGAGCUUGCCGUCUGUCAUGGCCACUGCACGUGUAGACUUGUACACCGCGUUGCAAUGCUGGUUUGUACCUGCAACUUUGAUCCGACUCUGUUCCUGACUCAGUGCCCAUUAUACCCCUAUAUCCCGGAUCCCAGCACCUCGUUAUCCUCCACUUCACCUCUCUUGGUCUGUUUAUCUUCCGAACCACGCCGGCCAUGUCCCUCGGCGACAGCAGGUGCGAAAUCUCGUCUGACACGUUACACAGCUGUUUUGGUGUCCCCGGCCACCCCAGAUCGGACGCGUGCAGGUUAUACUGCGAAGCUCUAUAUCUCUCCCCAUCGAUCCCGUCUGAACCCCCAAAAUGGCCCUCCCGACUGCGGCCGCGGCCGUCGCCUGCGCGCACCACUUCCUCGCUUGCACCAGUCAAGGCCCUCUGGUUAAUGAAAGCAUAUUAAUUGCUGGUUCGUGCUCUCGUGUCAGGUAUGGAGAAGCCUGACAAAUUUAGCGACGGGACUGCACCUGCUGCAGGCGCGGCUGCUUCUUUCUUUCUUCCAUUCUCGCGCGUCCCUGGUCCUGGUUCGUUUCUUUAUGCGCCUUGUGCCUGUGCCUGGCCUGGCCCGCGGCAUCACUCGCGGCUCAAGUCAUCUACUCGCGUGCCUAGAGCACGCCGCGAAGCGGUCGGGCUGGCCUCAGACUUGCCGAGAGAACGAGAUGCCACAGCUCCAAUUCUUGAUUUUGAGAGGAUUUGACACGCAUGGACCGUGUCCAAGUAUGGACGACACCAAGAAGGGGAGAAACCGACGAUGCGAGGACCACACCACCUCCAACACCACCCGUACGGGGAUAGGUUGCCCG